GUCGUUACGAUAUUGGACACCAGAGCUGGGUUUGAAAACUAAGAUACUGGACUUUUAUGAAGAUAGCCAAGAGUCAGCUGCUGCCAUACACCACCAGAUAAAGAGCAAGUUAGAGGAAAAUGGUCUGCAACUGGAAAUGAUUUUUAUCUUACACUGCAGACAAUGCUAGUGUGAACUAUGGGAAAAACAACUCGGUUUACCAAAAGCUAAAGGCAGAAAAUAGUGGCAUCAUCAAGGCAAACUGUAUGGCCCACAUAGUGCACAACUGUGCAAAGCAUGCUGGAGACAUGCUGAACAUUGACAUUGAAUCUGUAGUCAACAAAAUAUUCAGCCACUUUUCAGUCUCAGCAAAGCGCACAGAGGAAUUAAAAGCAGUGUUCGCCUUUGUGGAGGAAGACUAUCAUGCUGUACGGCGACAUGUACCAACAAGGUGGUUAAGUCUGUGGCCUGCUGUCCAGAGGCUACAUAACAGCUGGGCAGCUAUCAAGAGCUACUUCUUGUCGCUGGGAGAGAGUGAGUGCCCAAAAGUACUGUGGAAGCUCUUAAAAUCAGAUCAGGAUGGUGAGGGGCAUCCCAUUGAGCUGCAGGCCUACCUGGCUUUCCUCAACAACAUACUCAAGGUGUUCCAUGACGUUGUGCUGCUGUUGGAGGGACAGGAUGGGACCAUCUGUGAGCUCUAUGACAUCAUGCAGACCCUCAAGACCAAGCUCAAUCAGCGACAGAUCGAUUCCUUCUUUGGAAUGGAGACCAGUGCGAUUGUCCAACAGUUUCCGGACCAAAAGGCAGCAUCAAUCAAAGAGGAUAUGUCCAACUUCUACCAGACAGCACUCAACUACCUGGAAAAAUGGUAUGACUUCAACGACACCAACUAUCAGAAGAAAGUUGCCUGCUUGUCACUGAAGAACAGCUUUACAUUCACCCAGCUCAGUGAUGCCGUGGAGGCCCUACAUAUAGGGGGGAAACUGGACAUGGACGAACUCUACGAGGAGUACUGUGUGACUCUGCCACGCCAGCCGGAAAUUGUGCAGAGAAGAGCUCCUGUUGUGGAGAAGUGGUCGACCUUUCUCAAAAGCACGAAGACACCAAACCUGACUGCAGUUGCCUCCUUUGUCUUCAGCAUCCCAAUAACCAACGCAUCUGUAGAGAGAGUGUUUUCCCUGAUGACUGCAGCCUGGACCGACCAGAGGAACCGUUGCUCUGUGGAGCUCAUCAAGAGUGAAAUUCAAGUCAAGACCAACUUUGAAUACAGUUGUAAGGAAUUCUACAGUUAUGCACUUAAGCAGAAAGCCUUAUUAGAAGCUGCAAGCUCAAGCAAGAAGUAUAAAGCCAAGAAGAUCAUCUAAGGUGCUUUCCGUGGUGCUGAGAGUGCAUCGUCUGUGUGGGCCUGCAGUUGUUGCUGUGAUGUAGAGAACUGAAAACAAAAUUCAGCCAGGUGCUCUCCUUGGUGCUGGAAUAGCAUUAAUUGUGUAUUUUUCUAUGAUUAACUAAACAUAUUUCAUUAAAGUGUUUGCUCUAGUUAAAUAUACUCAAGCACAUACAGUAUUCAAGUAGAACAUUUAUUUUGUGUAGUUUAUCUCUAUGUGAUUCUGAGCUGAGUGAGUUUAGUUAUGUUCAGAUAAUCAGCCUAUGUGCUCCAUGUUCUACUUGAAUACUGUAUGUGCUUCAGUUUAUUUUUUUCUAGAGCAAACACUUUAUUGAAAAAUGAAAACAUUAUUUUAUUUAAGUUUGUGUUACCUCCUGACCAGUAUUGAUUUGCACUUCAGGUUUUAUUUAUUAUUUUAUGUAGUGCCUAUACCAAUUUGUGCGUUUUUGUAGCAUUACUUGGUCCAGUAACUGCAGAGCAUUUUCAAAUGCAUUUAUUUUGUGUAGUUUAUCUCUAUGUGAUUCUGAACUGAUUAAGUUUUGUUAUGUUCAGAUAAUCAGCCUAUGUGCUCCAUGUAUCCAGUGUAUGUUCUACUUGAAUGUAUGUACUUCAGUUUAUUGUUUCACUAGAGCAAACACUUAAAUGUGGUUGUGUUGUUGUUGCUCUCUGUUGUUGGAGAAAAGGCACAUUAAAGGACAAUAUUUGAAAGAACAAUUGUAGCCUUGUCUUUCUGUUUGAUUGUACACAGUCAGGAGUGUUAACUUGAGGGGCACUGUGAAACAGCAUGAAAACUCCAUUGGGAAAGUUGCAUUUAAAUACAUGUGUUACUUUUUUGUUUGCAGGCUGUUAUGUGCUCCUGAAUCAACCAAAUGGCAAAUCAUAGUAACGUUAUAGCAAAGGGGAAGAAUAGAAAUGUUUAUUUAAAUUUAAUUUUAUUUUAGACUGCCUCGAUGCAUUGAUAUCUCACAUUGUCCCACAUUGUCCCACAUUGUCCCACACAAACGUUGUCUUUGUCCCACAUCUGGUGAAUUGGGAUCCGGUCAC